GUCGACCUUCACUGUAGAGGUGUGCUCGUCCUAGCAACUUGUUUAUAAACUUAGCGUAAGUCGUGGAUGCAUCGCGUAGUGAAAAGCGCUAAUAGAGGAGUGCUGCUGCUCGGUAAAUUUUGUAGAGCACUCCCCUACCGGGCUUCGUCGAUUGUUGGUAUGACAGAGGUUGCAGGAUCUCCUGGAGUCAUCGAGCCCCACGCUUGCGCGAGAAAUUGCGGAAAGGUUCCCUUGUCAUGAGAAUUCGUGGAGAAAUUCCCCCGUCAUGAGAAUAUCUUGAGUAAAACGAAGAAGGGAAAGGCGACCCAGUUGCUAUUCAGCGAGCUGGCGCUGACCUCCAGUCACCCCCGCAGCAAGAUCUGAGAGACGUUACCUUCUGGAGCAUCUGUCUCCUACGUUUGAACAGAAAUGACGCCACCCCUUGGGCCUAUCCGCAUGGGGCGGAGCCUUACUCUGGGCCUCGUCUCGUCGUUCCUCGUUGGCUGCUGUUUCGGCCCAGAGCAGGUGUUCGAUGCAAGAGUCGUACGUCUCCCGGGUGCGAACCCCGCCGGCAGUAUCGGUGGCUUUUUGAGUGUCGCGGAAGCUUCCUUCACCACCGGCAGUUCCACAACGAAUGUUGUGGACACGAAGAAAAACGAGGAGGACGAACCUGCCGAUGGAGAGGACAAAGAAAUCGUCGUGCCCCUAAGAUCGACAAAAAGCCGGGGGUCCCGCACCAAGACCCGGACACACAAGACCAGCUCCCGCCAAAACGGCAUCUUACGACAUCCAGCUGCUGCAGCAACAAUUGGCCUGACGAUGAUGCUUGUUGGGACGGCCAUCGGUGCAGGAGCCAUGCUUGCACUCGCUCGCCAGAGAGAGGAGCAAAAAAAAGCCGAGGAUACGAGAACGGCCCAGGCUGCGAAAUCCCUAGAGCCGAAAAAGGUGGUGCUAACUGCGGACAAAGCUGCCCAGCAACAAGCUGAAGGAGACCGCUACCUGUCGCAGUCCUGGCUCUGCUGCCCCUAUUCUCACUUCUCUCCCAAACCACGGAGACCAAGUCGCCGGAGAAUCUCGGACAAACGUACAUCUUCGCCAACAAUAUGAUGAAAAAGACACUAGAGAAAGAACGUGCAGAUCGUCCCGAAGACGUGGAGAAGGUGGUCAGCAAGUACUUCGAUCUCAUAAGGAGGGAGGCCAUACAGAGAAAAUUCUAUGACGCUGGAGCGAGGAAAGCCCUCGACGCCUCCGAACGUAGCAUCAAGUCCCAGCUCAAGAAGAGAGGGAAGGACAUCGAGGCAGUCCUGGACAGUGCCCAGGCGCAAUUUCUGAAGGCAAUUGGCGUCAACAUCCAGGGUCAAAAAAUAUAGAUGGUAACGUGUUGCGCAAAGUUCAUGCCGCGGGAAGCACUCCAGAAAUACGACAACUACUCAGCGGCUUGGAAAUGGACAAAGUGAUUUCUGCUGGCAUCAUAUAAAUCUCGCAAAGG